AUGGAGAUGGGACGCAUUCUUGCUGAUAACAUAAAAAUGAGUGGACUGUGUCAGACCAAGGCCUUUUCUCCAACAGUGACCAGAGAUGGAUAUCGAGGAAAAAGUAGGAGGGUGUGGCUAGCAGUAUGCUACUUCCCCCAGUGCACCCCUAGGAACCAUUUUCAGGGUUAUGAAUACAGCCGGAGUGGGAACCCUACCCGGAAUUGCCUGGAGAAGGCUGUGGCAGCGCUAGAUGGAGCUAAAUACUGUUUAGCUUAUGCUUCUGGCUUAGCUGCUACUUUGAAUAUUACUCACCUGUUAAAGGCAGGGGACACGAUUAUCUGCAUGGAUGACGUCUAUGGAGGCACAAACAGAUACUUCAGGAAAGUAGCCAUGAAAAUGGGUUUGAAUGUAGUUUUUGUUGACUGCGCAAAAAUGGAAUGCCUGGAAGCUGCAAUUACACCAGAGACCAAGCUUGUUUGGAUUGAAACGCCCACAAACCCCACACUGAAGGUCAUUGACAUUCAGGCCUGUGCAGAUGUAGUACAUAAGCAUAAAGAUGUUCUUCUAGUGGUAGACAACACUUUUAUGUCUGCAUAUUUCCAGCGUCCUUUAUCUCUGGGGGCUGAUAUUUGUAUGUAUUCUGCAACCAAAUAUAUGAAUGGGCAUAGUGAUGUUGUAAUGGGACUUGUUUCAGUAAACUGUGAUGAUCUCUACGAAAGGCUGAAAUUCUUACAAAACUCUCUUGGAGCUGUUCCAUCUGCCUUUGACUGUUACUUGUGCAAUCGUGGUUUGAAGACACUACAAAUCCGGAUGAAACAACAUUUCCACAAUGCAUUAGCUGUUGCUCGAUUUCUUGAGUCAGAUUCCCGGGUGGAGAAAGUCAUUUUCCCAGGCUUGCCUUCACACCCUCAGCAUGAGUUGAUCAAGCGGCAGUGUACGGGCUGUCCUGGGAUGGUAACCUUUUACAUUAAAGGAAAUCUCAAACAUGCUGCUGCCUUUCUCAAGAAUUUGAAGGUUUUUGCACUGGCUGAGAGUCUGGGAGGAUAUGAAAGCCUAGCAGAGCAUCCGGCCAUCAUGACUCACUCUUCAGUGCCUAAAGAAGACAGAGAAGCUCUUGGAAUCAGUGAUACAUUAGUUCGCCUGUCAGUUGGUUUGGAAGAUGAAGAAGAUUUACUGGAAGACCUGGACCAAGCUCUGAAAGCUGCGUUUGCAGACCACAAGGCUUGACGUUUAAAACCGGAACCUGAAAUUGAACGUUGAAAUGGCUAAAGAAGGUGACGCAGAAAGCCAAAUUGCUAGUGAUUUUCCUUUGAUUUGCCUUUGAGAAUUGAAAUCUGUUCAAUCCAAUGCUGGAUUCCUGGGGCACACAACCUGUGCUCUCUGUGGGUCCAUUUCUGUUGUAUUGUAAUCCUUUGGCUUUGGAUUUAUGGAGUCAAUAAGUUGUUUUUGAGAACAGCCAUGAUGCACACUCAGGAAUAUUAUCCCGGUUCUCUCAGUGGAGAUUAGUGUUUCUCAUUUGCCAUGCUAGUGCUGCAAGGGUGUUAGGUCAAAAGGGUUGGUUUCUGUUACUGCUCCUCAGGAUGCACAAUUAAUUUUUCUCAUAUCUUCUAAUCCAGCA